GAACCGUCAAUGCUCUCAUCAAACUGUUACCAGAAGAAGAGAAAGAUGAAAUAGAUAUUCCUUCAAAAAGUUUCAGUCUUUCCUCCAUUUCUCACAUACCCAUCUCCAAAAAAUCUCAUCUUGAUUCUUCAAUCGGAACAUGUUAAUCAAUUGCUGAUUAACCUUUUCCCUCCCCGUUGAUUUUCAUCCCUGUGAAACCGCCAUGGCCGCGGCUCUGAGGUCAAACACCUCGAGAGAAACCGCUUCUCUCGCACUCUCUCACUUUCGUUACUUCUUCUUCAACCGUCUCCACACCUCCUCGACUCCUCCUCGCAGCAGCCACCGUAACAAGAUCGCGUCUCUCAAGCCUACGGGAGGAGAGCGGCGGUGCUACGCUACGGAGAAGGUGAAAGGUGUAAAGUCUGCUCUUUUGUGCUCGCAAGGAGACCCGCCGGAUCUCUGGCAGCCUCCCGGAGAUGGAGCUUCCUCCCUUCGGCUUAAUACCGGUCGUGUCGGUGGUGGUGGAGGCAGUGCUGGUGUUGGUAACGGAGCAGGGUCGGAUUCGAAGGAGGAUUGUUGGGGUGGGUCUAAUCUUGGGUCUAGCUUUCCGACACCGAAGGAGAUUUGUAAUGGUUUGGACAAGUUCGUGAUUGGUCAGGAGAGAGCCAAAAAGGUACUUUCAGUGGCAGUUUACAAUCACUACAAGAGGAUAUACUACGAAUCCAUACAGAAACGGUCCUCAGGAGAAACCGAUAGCACCGCAGCGAAACCAGCUGAUGAUGAUGAUCUGGUAGAACUGGAGAAGAGUAACAUUCUCCUGAUGGGACCAACUGGCUCAGGGAAGACACUACUUGCGAAAACCUUGGCACGGUUUGUGAAUGUUCCUUUUGUCAUUGCGGAUGCAACCACAUUGACUCAGGCUGGUUAUGUGGGAGAGGACGUAGAAUCUAUAUUAUACAAACUUCUCACAGUCGCAGAUUAUAAUGUUGCAGCUGCACAGCAGGGGAUUGUUUACAUUGAUGAAGUCGACAAGAUAACAAAGAAGGCAGAAAGCCUUAACAUCAGCAGAGAUGUAUCAGGAGAAGGUGUUCAACAAGCAUUGCUUAAAAUGCUGGAAGGAACUAUCGUUAAUGUACCUGAGAAGGGCGCUAGAAAGCACCCUAGAGGCGACAACAUCCAGAUAGACACAAAAGAUAUACUCUUCAUAUGUGGUGGUGCUUUUGUAGACAUCGAAAAGACCAUUUCAGAGAGGCGCCAUGAUUCGUCAAUAGGGUUUGGUGCUCCUGUGCGUGCUAACAUGAGGGCGGGUGGUGUUACAAACGCCGCUGUUGCCUCAAACCUGAUGGAAACUGUGGAAAGCAGUGACCUGAUUGCUUAUGGUUUAAUACCUGAGUUUGUUGGAAGGUUUCCUGUUCUCGUCAGUUUGUCUGCUCUGACCGAGAACCAACUUAUGCAGGUGCUAACGGAGCCCAAGAACGCACUUGGAAAGCAAUACAAGAAGAUGUAUCAGAUGAAUAGUGUGAAGCUGCAUUUCACGGAAACAGCGCUGCGGCUAAUAGCUAGAAAAGCAAUAACGAAAAACACUGGAGCUCGUGGCUUAAGAGCUCUUUUAGAAAGCAUCCUCAUGGACUCUAUGUACGAGAUACCGGACGAGGGUACAGGGAAGGAUAUGAUAGAGGCGGUUGUGGUGGAUGAAGAAGCAGUUGAAGGAGAAGGGCGUAGAGGCUCUGGAGCCAAGAUUCUCCGUGGGAAAGGAGCUUUGGCUCUGUAUCUCUCUGAAACCACUAAGUCCAAGGAUUCUCCUCAGACGACCAAGGAAGGAUCUGAAGGAGAAACUGAGGUGGAGCCGGUUGUAGCCAAUAUGUAAUGUAUCAAUAUACAUCAUCAUCGAUCCAGAACAUCUGGUAAAAUGUAUCUCUCUGUAUGCAUAACUUUUAACGUUCUUUGUACAUAUAUGAAAGAAAGAAAACAAACUUGGAUUAGUAAGUUUAAAAAUAAUACAAGGAUGCACAGUUUCCACUUUGAUAA